UGGUGGAGUUUUACACCUUUAUGGAUCAUGAGCUGUGAUGCAGGCUGAGACUGUCUGCGUCACAGCGAUGGAGUCGUUUUCUACGUGAGAUAUGAGGACCACAGAGAGGAGUUAAGAGGGCCAUGCCGGUAUUCGAGGUAACCUGCAGCCUGAUUGGCUGGCUGUGUCUCUACCUGCUGUUCUGCUGCAUCUUCUCUCAGAGGGGACCCGAGUGGAGCUGUCGCCUAGUAACGUUGUUCCACGGGGUCGUCAUCGUGCUGCUGACAGCAUAUGUUGUCUUCGUUGAUGGACCCUGGCCCUUCACACAUGCAGGUACAGAUAAUACUGAGCUCCAGAUAUUUGCCCUGGCUGUCUGCCUGGGCUACUUCUUCUUCGACAUGGGUUGGUGUGUGUGCUAUCGCACCGAGGGCCUCGUCAUGUUGGCGCAUCACAUCGCCAGCAUUCUGGGCAUCCUGCUGGCGCUGUCCAUGGGGGUGUCAGGCUGUGAAACCUGCGGGGUUAUCUUCGGCAGUGAGAUCACCAACCCCCUGCUGCAGACCCGCUGGUUCCUCCGCCAGCUGGACCUGUACGACAGCCUCCUGGGCGACGCUGUGGACCUGCUUUUUAUUCUACUGUUUGCCAUCGUGCGUGUGGGCAUUGGCACUGUGAUGUUUUACUGCGAGAUUACCUCUCCCAGAACAUCACUGGUCAUGAAGAUUGGUGGUGUGGUCAUGUACGGACUGGCAUGGGUGUUCAUGGUGGACAUAGCCAGGUUUGGCUACAAGAAAAGUAGAGCCAAGUAUAAAAGAUGGACUGAGAACCACAAGCUCAAAGAAAUAAACACAGAAAAACUAGUUGGACAUUCAGACUAGAGUGACUGAGGAAAUCUUUUCAUGUCCUUUUUGUAUAAAAAGGUUUUUACAGCUUUAAAGGUGCUAUGGUACAGCAG